UAUAACUUUCAACCGAUAAUCAACAAUUAAAAAAAAAAGCACAUUCCUGAUCUACCUGAUAAGUAGUUUAAUAAAAUGUGAAAAACGAACACAUUAUUGGGCAAAUGUGACCUGCAGAGACAGAGUCAAAGAACAAAAGAGAAAUGGCACCGAAGAGUUUGCUUUUCCUUUGUUUUGUAGCUUUGUUGAGAACUCUCUGGGGUGUUCCUUUCCCAAGAAAUGAUGAUGCCGAAAAUGCUGGACAUACUAUUUAUGGAGCAGAUUCACGUGAUCGUACACUUUCCAUUGCCGCACGCGAAGAUGCCAGUGGCGUGGAAGAUGCCAGUGCUGAGGCAGUUGACUUUGGCGAGACAGAAGAGAGUGGUGGAGAAGCUAGUGGCGCGGAAGAUGUCGAUGAUGCUGCAGAAGCCAGUGCCCCUGUAAUUUUAGGGUCUAACAUUCGUAAUGCUGGAGGUGUUGGAGGUGACGAAGAUGCCGAAGAGGCAGGUCAUGCUGUUGUUUUUCUGGGUAAUGAAGUUGCUGGGGUCAUUGCGAAGGGUAGUGAUGAUGAAGAUCGCUUUGCUACCGCAAAUCACCCUGUUCCAGGGGCUGGCUUCAUGGUUCCGAAUGUUCGUGUUGGAGGAAAAGCUAUUGUUGCUAAAGAUUUAAGGGAUCCUAGGAUUAUUUUUGGUGCUACAGAUGCCCCUGAUGAUGCAUAUCCCAGCGAUGCUGCAGAUGCAAGUGAUUUUCCUGAAGAAGCAGAAGAAAAAGAAUUCGACGAGGAGAGCUUGUCCUCGUCUGGCGGGUCACUAUUUAACGGGAAAUUUUGUUCCAUCUGUUUGUAUGUAAUUCCAUGCUUGCUAUUCAAUGUGAUUUAGAGCUGGUUUGCUUCAAUACUGGUCAUAAAUUGUUUCAAUUCUAAAAGGCAAGAUAAAGCAUUACUUCUUACCGUUUUCUCCAGGCAUGUAUUAUUGGGGCUUCAACAUUGUAUUUCAAGCUUGUUGUCAAUCAAUCAGUCAAUCAAUCAAUCAAUCAAUCAAUUUAUUAAUUCAAACGUGUGAUAAGGUUGCCUUCCAUAUCCGAGCCAGAGGCUAAUGUAUAAAGCGCUUGACAAUAAGAAAAAGAUAAAAGUGUAAGUUGAUAAAAGUGUAAGUGUAAGUUGAUAAAAAAACAGACUUUAUUAAAUACCAAUACAAACGCACUAAUGCUUUGCCCGCGACCGCAAGCAGAAUAAAAAAGUAGUAUUGCACUCAAGUUAAUAUAAGAAACAAUUAACACCCCAAAAUUAAGAAUAUGACGUUAAAAUCCCCAUGAUAGACAACAGUUACAUUUACAG